GGCCGUUACACAUCCCGGUCGGGGCUCCCAGUGCGCCUGCGCGGGAGCGCCGGGGCCGGGGCUCGGCGGCGGGCUGGGCUGGGCGCGCGCCGGGAGAGGAGGAUGCGCCCCGCGGACUUGCCAGUUCCUGUAUGCCGAUGGGAAUCGUGUUCUGGCUCCUUGUCAGUGCUACAGGAGACGCUGAUGCUCUGAACAGUGAGCCCGGGGGACGAGAGGGUUGCCUCCUGCCUUGUCUCUCCUCCCAGCUGCCUGCGGUGAGCCGUGCCAGAGGACACGGCUGGAGGAGAGCAGCCACGUGCAGCUGGGCUGUGUGGGCGAGCCAAAGGGCUUUGGACUGGUGGGCUGUGCCAACUGGGAGUCCUCAGCACCCUGCAGCAGAGACAACUGCCUCUUGCCAGGUAGAUGCCUUCAGGGGAGUGGACAGCUCCAGCUGAACUGAUGAAUCUUGGCACCUGAUAGAAGGCUCAGCUUCUGAUAUGAAGAAGGAUAUAGAGUCUUUAAUAGCCCAGGAAAAAGCAGAAAUCGUCGCCAAGUAUGAGAAGGGCAGACAGGAGGGAGCUCAGAUUGACCAGUGGGAAGAUGCUGAUUUCACGCUCUACAAAGUCACAGACCGGUUUGGAUUCCUGCACGAGCAGGAGCUGCCAACCCGCACCGCCUUGGAGGAGAAGCAAAAACAGCAGGAAAUAGAACGCGUGGACAAGUGGCUUAAGAUGCUGAGGAAAUGGGGCAAAUACAGAAACAGUGACAAGAUGUGCCGGCGUGUGUACAAAGGGAUCCCGCUGCAGGUGCGAGGCCAGGUCUGGUCGCUUCUGCUGGAUGUCGAGAAGAUGAAGAAGGAGAAUGAAGGAAAAUAUGAGCAAAUGAAAGAGCAAGCGAAGAGUUUUUCAUCGGAAAUCAAGCAGAUCGAUUUGGAUGUUAACCGCACCUUCCGAAACCACAUCAUGUUUCGGGAUCGCUACGGUGUGAAGCAACAGGCACUCUUCCACGUCCUGUCAGCAUACUCGGUUUAUAACACUGAAGUGAGCUACUGCCAAGGGAUGAGCCAGAUUGCAGCCAUCCUCCUGAUGUACUUGAACGAAGAGGAUGCGUUCUGGGCGCUGGCACAGCUGCUCACCAACCAGCGCCACGCCAUGCACGGUUUUUUCAUUCCUGGGUUCCCGAAGCUGCAGAGGUUUCAAGCGCACCAUGAGCAAAUUUUAAACAAACUGUUCCCCAAACUGAAGAAGCACAUGGACAAAGAGCAAAUGACUACUGGGAUUUACACAACCAAGUGGUUCCUGCAGUGUUUCAUUGACCGGACCCCAUUCACUCUGACCCUGCGGCUGUGGGACAUCUACAUCCUGGAAGGGGAGCGGGUGCUGACGGCCAUGGCUUACACCAUCCUCAAACUGCACAAAAAGCGUUUGCUGAAGAUGACACUGGAAGAUUUACGUGAAUUUCUGCAGGAGAAAAUUGCUGCUUCCCUGCAGUACGAGGACGACGCUGUCAUUGAGCAGCUGCAGGUGUCAAUGACUGAACUGCGCAAGAUGAAAUUUGACCUGCCCCCACCAGCAAAGCCUGAGGAGUUUCCAAGGAAACCCCUGGGCCUGGAGCUCUCCCUCAACCCAGUAGCCAUAAAGGAAAAUGCAGCGGCCAAUGGCCAAAACGGCCGGGUGGGUGAGCACACUCCAGACAGGGAGCCCCACCCCCACAGAGUUCCUGGCGCACCAGGAGGAAUGACCGUGGUGGAAGCGAGGAUUCCCACCUUCCAGGGUAGUGAAGCAGCUGAAGCAACAAACGUGCCUGUUUCGGAUGGGCGGCCACCAGAUGAGGAGGGUCAGGGGGAGCCCAUCGUGGAUGGGCAGCCAUCAUCUCUUCUGAAGGCAAGCGAGACGCAGGCCCAGCAACACCUCCUGCCCACGGUCCUGCCUCCAGAGCAGCCUCCUCUUGCUCCUGGCUGUGCCCUGGUGGACCAUGGAGUCUCCCACCAGGUCCCGGCUGAGCACAGCUCCUUAGAUUCCUCUCUCCAAAACUGGCCGGCUCCUCCUGACUUCAGCACCGCUGAGCUUUCUGCUACGGACCAGGCAAUGUGGCAGCCAAACCCCACUGCCCCGCCAGCCGGAGAACAGGCAUCUUCCCUGAGCAGAGUGGCAGUGCUUGAAGCAGCCCCCCAUCCUCAGCCAGCCAGCUGCCAUCGGCUCUCCGGAACUUCACAGGGCGAUGGCUCCCCCGAGAGCCAGCACGGCGAGGAGGCGGCAGAUGAGAGGCACCGCAGGGCGGUGCUGCCGGACAAAACGGGCCUGAAGCGCUCGGCGUCCAAAGCUGCAUCCAUGGGAGAGCUCCUCAGGCUGCAGCACAACGGGCUGGGCAGUGGCCCCGGCGCCUCCUGCUGGCCUGAGGCCGUGGGCGCGCUGCCCGCGCACAGGCAGGCGGGGGGCAGCGUGCCCGUCUUGUCCAGCACAGAGCCUGAGGCAGCAGCGCUGGCCGAGGGCUGCCCCGCCCAGCGGGCACCGUCCCCUGCGGUGGAAGGGAACAGCCCCUUCGUCGUUAUCAAAACCACCACUCCCCUCCACCUGGCCCAUGCCACAGAGCAGGACUUCUUGAACAGAAAGCAGGUGGCAUUGCCUCUGUCAGAGACUGGACAUCCCCUGCCUACCACCACCACGCUGCCACCUCUUGCGCCAGACCCAGAGGAGGCAGAGGGACAGAAAAGCCUCCAGAAACCAUUAAAUGCACUGAAAGCCCCACGACCCCCGCUGAGCCCCAAACCAAAACUACCACCGCAGGUUGCCAAAUCCCGCUCAGAGAACAGUUUCCUUUCAGGCUCUCCUUCCCUGGCAAAGCUGCCCAAAUCGGUGACGUUCUAGUGGGGAUGGGGAAGUUAAGGGAGGAGAAUUGGCUUCUAGAGAAGCACCCUUGCCCCAUUUACAGGCUCCCCUUCUGUCAGCAGGGCUGUCGGGGUGACAGCACAGCACCAUCGCACGUCAAGCUGUGCUUUGGUACGAGUGCUCAGCGAGGAGACAAAGUGGUGGCCACCAGUGCUAGGAGACACCAGCAGAUUGGAUUUGCAUGUUUCCUAUGGACAAAUUGGAAAAUGCUUUUGUUUUUUUGUUCCUCAAAGCUCCCUGAACCCCAUCACCUGGGGGAAGAGGCAGGGCUGGUGAGUUUGUUGCGUGUUUUGUCCUGCUCCUGUCUGCUGUGGGACUCCACGACCAAGCAAGAAGGCACAAGGUGUUGGAGUCCAAAAUGCUUUCUUUAAAAUGCCCCAUUGGUGCAGCCACAGCAUUGCUUUCAAAGGCCUUUGUAGCAAUAGAUCUUUAUUUCAUUUCCCAGACCUGCAGUUGUAGGCAGCAGAAUUUCCAGGCAGUGCCAUGGCAUUCUGGCAGGAUACAGGCAGCCCGCUGCCCCCUCUAUGCAAUUCUACAAAGCAGUGCCCAGCUGUAUCUGGCUCCUGCUGCUGUGGUGGAUGGUGCUCAGGAGGACAGAUUUAACAGCUGCUGAGUCCCUGGGACAUCUCCUUGGUGGCACCCCAGUGGGGGCUGCCAGCAGAGUGGUUCUUUUCCAGGUUCUCAAGGUGACAAGGACAGUGCUGAAGGUGGAGCCUGGUCUCUAGGGCUGAGUGCCCUUUCUGCUGGCCUUUCCUUCACAGGGCCAUUGCGGCGAGCAGGCUCGCUGCCUUUGUGUUCCCCAAACAGGAAAAGGGGCUACUGGCUCAGGAAACCUGCCUGCACUACCGACCUGCUGGAGGUGUGAUGGUGUCUAAUCACAGUGCCCCAGAUAAGUCCACUUUUGCUUUGAGUAAGUUUAAUGUCGGAGUGGAACAGUCAUAGGAAUUGGGGAAGGGGGAGCACAUCACCCAGAACCUGAUCUUAGCCCUUCUGGUUGAGCCCACACAGAAUUAACAAUAGGAAGGAAACUUGGACAUGAUGGAUGCCCACUUGCCCUUUAUGCACCAAGUGCUAGAGGCCUGUCCAUCUCCUCCCCAUCCCAGGGUGCUGCUGCUGCACAGCCCAGGCCCUUGGCUGGAGGUGUGCAGGGAUCUGUGGGGACACCCCAUAGAAAGAGCUGGUCCAAAAUUCUGGUUCCAGCAUCUACUUCACCCUUAGAGGUGAAGAGACUUAAUCAGAAAGGCAGAUCAGUGAAAAAGCAGGAACUAGUCUAGAUAUGCAGGAUUUGACUUUGUUGUCCAGAAGGGGUAACUGCAAGUGCCACCUUAGAUGGAAUUGCAAGUGGGAUUCCCAAUCCUUCAACAGUGAUCCUGGGCAAAAGCCCCUUUAAGUUCUAAGGAGACUUGGAAAACUGUUUUUUUUAAUCUCACAGGCUGCUUCAAUUGCAGAACCUGAUCUAAAGCCUACCUGAAAGCCCAUCAGAAAAGUCCUGCUAAAUUACUUUGUGGGUUCCAGGAACUGGACUUGAUGAUCCUGGUGGAUCCCUCCCAGCUCAGCAUAUUCUAUGGUUCUAUGAUUUAUCAGGGUUUAUUUUGCCUUGUGUACGUGUGGUGGUUUAUGUUUGCAGCAGGGAGUGUCGAAGGGAGCACUGGAUCUUUGGAUGUAGCCAGCCAAACCACAGCACCCUCAGCUUUCAUUGGAACCCCAGCUCUGUCCCAGGCCCCAUCUUCCACUGAGCCUCCAACCUUGCUCAUCCUCUCCCUCUGCAGAGCAGGGAUAACCCUAUCAGCUACCUCGCAGGGGUGCUGUGAGGAGUCAAGCGUUGCUGUUUGAGGGAAAGUGCUCUUUGAAUGUUCAGUAUUUGUGUUUUGAGACACCACAGGUCCUUUCUAGGACAAUGGUGCUUGAAUUGUUUUUAAUUUAGAGUGUUUAUCCAUAACUGUGCAUAGUUAAACUUACUUGUGUGUUAAAAUACCUGGGCAGUAUUUCAGGACAGAUAUCCAUUGCCUUUUGCUAGCAGCCCACUGGCCAGAGGAGCUCACUGGGAAGCAGCAGGAAGCAUCUGAGAGCUGUUGGUCACAUUUGGCUUGGCUUCUGUUGCUUGGGGCUCUGUCCUCUCCUUGAAGCCCACACAGGACACCUUCUAAUGCAUCUGAUGCAAGAGCUGAGACCUCUUUCCCUUUGUUUUAACCCAUUUUCCCUCAUUUCAGGCACACAGCCUUUGCACAUCAUGUUGCUUGUGCACCCAGACUCCUCACUCACUAUGUCUGGGAUGUUUUGCAGUAUUAACAUUUAAAAAGGUGGUUUGCUCUAAUUUUGGAGAGCUGUCAAAUGCACAGUACUCAUUGGUGCACGAUGUUCAACGUGAGUUUUGACAAGGCAAGGUGUGGGGGUUGACCUUCCCUCCAAGCCCUAAUGGGAAUGAGCAGCAAGGUCCUCAGUCAUCUUCAGGCCUAGGGGAACAACCAGCAAUGUGCACUGCUGUCCUUGGUGUGAUGCUCUCACUUGAACACAUCAAUGCAUGAUCCCCAAGGAGAUGCCUGCUCCUUUCUCCUCCUCUGCCUCUUGCUGCCAACAAAGCUGCAGCCAUGGUGGGUCUGUGGCAAGGCCUGGCCCAGCCUCAGCUCUGUGGCUGGAAAUAGGAAGGGAAGGAGAAGGAUGAGGGUGGCAGCUCAGCAGGACAAAUUACCUAACCCAAGCCACUUGCAGCCCUGCCCAGCCCCUGCAACAGUCUCAACCCCUGAGCAAAAUCCACUCUUACUGUGAGCAAAUGUGGGAAAGCAGCUCCCUCCAUCUUUGCCCUUGCAGCCCUGAAACAGCACUGGCCUUGCUGCCUUCCAUGCAGAGGUAAAGACCUGCGCUGUGGGUUUGGGGUUUUUAGGUUUCGUUUGUUUUCCUUUGUGUUGUUUGUUUGUGAUAGAGCACUUUGCGUGGCUGCAGCACCGGCAGGCAGCAGGAGCCACAGGACCCAGCUCCAGCAGGAGCUGGAGGUUGAGGUUAGGGUUUCUUGGCCAUGCACUUUGAGAGCCUGGCUACCAUCUGCUUUCCUUUUUAUUUGCUAUUCUUGUUUACAGCGUGGAACGCUUCUUCCAUGACUCUUUCUAAUGUAUUAGAAUUAUUACUUUUAAGAAAAAAACAUUUUUAUGUCUGCUU